AUGGCACUAUCAGGCUUCCUCUUCCUCUCGUUUCGCAUUGCGCAGAUACUCACACUCAUCCCAAUUGUGGGUAUGCUCGCGUGGUUCGUCCAUGGUUUCGUCGUCAACAAUCAGCUCACACCUACGUACAUCCUGCUGCUCUUCAUCACUUCAGUUCUGGCGGCAGCAUGGACUCUCGCAACGCUUGUGACGUAUCUGCGCGCUCGUCACUCUGCCUUAUUCGUUGCAUUGGUCGACCUCGCGUUUGUGGGCACCUUGAUCGCCGCUGUCUAUGAGUUGCGCGCCAUCACAAAUCAGGACUGCGCAAACUUCAGCAGCGGAAGCAUCUAUCUCAGUCUGGGUCCCUUCGGCUACUAUGGCCGCCAGAGCGGUAGCGACUGGGCACUCCAUAUCAACAAGACAUGCGCUAUGCUCAAGGCCUGUUUCGCCCUUGCCAUCAUGAACGUCAUCUUCUUCUUCAUCACUUUCCUCCUUGCCCUUCUGGUUCACAGACGCCACCGAGACCGCGAUACCGUCGUCGUCAAGAAAGAGUACCACAGCACCCGUCACGGUCAGCGACGCUCCAGUCGUGGUAGCUACGACAGACGCAACUCUCCUCGCCGAUCCCACCACAGCAGCAGCAGACGCUACUACGUCUAG